UGACCUUUCAUUCCCCCUCGUCCCUCCUCCCACAUUCCCACGAAUCCCAUGAUUCCCACCAGCUGGGGAUAAUAAACGCCCUUGUUGUCUGUACUUCUGCACUGUCCUUGUUUUUAUCCUGUACACCGCAAGAGAAGGCCCGCGCGCGAAUGGAAACUCGCUAUUUGCAGUGUGCGCUAUCUACUUCCCAGUAGUGGAGACAAAGGCGUCGUCGUCUCGUCGCAUCUUCGGUCGUCGGCAUCGGAUCAGCGCUGUCGCUCAUCGAUCGUCACUUGGUACUGGCUACUGACUGCACGACGUGUCAGGUACCCGCCUUUUUGUUCGUCAUAUCCGCUGUCGCUGUCCGUCCUGUCGCUUUCUCUGACAGCCAAGGAGGGAGAACCAACUAUGGUCGACGGCAUGGUGGAACAGUGGGGAGUAAGACUGCAUGGGAAUCGUCGCUGGGGAUUGGCUGGGUGCCUGGGUUGGUUGUUCCUGGAUGUCCCGCUGGCUGGGAUUCCGUGUUUGAGGUUGAAGCCAGGAUCAAGCCCCUCGAUCGUGGCCAGUGCCAUCGGUACACGUUUGUUAGAGUGCACGCUUCACCUGGUAUGAAGCCUUUUCUCUUCCUUGCAAGCGUGUCAUAUCUCGGCGCUAUCUGGUCUGUAUACGCGCUAUACUCAUUCUUUGUCCUUCAUCCCCCCCAUCUGCCGCAAAAAGUACUAUUUCGUGUACCGUCCUUGUACUCUUACUCUGAAGCCAGACUUGUGUUACAUGCUCUACCACUCUGUAUCAUACUGCAAUCCUUGUCCUCUUUCUCUAAACUCUCUUGUGCUCUACCUCAUUCUACUUGGUGUGAUUGUGUUAUGUUAGGCGUCAGACAGUCCCACGGAAAAACACAUACAUCCUCCAAAUUCACUCUCUUCGUUCGUCCUUCUUCCUCUUCUUCCUCUUCUUCUCCUCACCACCCCGUUGUUACUUCUCUCAGUAACAUCACCACACUCCUUUUCGUUCUUUUACCCCCCUCGCUGCUGGAAUCAAGAUCCGUGAUCUGAUUAUACAGUUGACUCUUGGUUCUUGAUUCUUAUAUCACAUUCCUUUAUUUCACUCAAUUCCAUCCCCACUGCUGCGCCAGUGCCUUACCUUGACGGUAUCAACACACACUUUAAGACACAAAAUCACAAAACAAGAUCGAUCUACACUCCACCUCCCACGACGCGUCGAGACAAUCAUCUCCCACGCACAGUACUGCAAAGAAUCUUCUUCCCGCGAAGAUCACAUCCUCUUAAACUAAACAACACCAACAGAGCAUCCCUCAAUUCAUCACCAUGUUCUUCUCUCUUCCGACAAUCGCCCUCGCCGCCUCCUUGCUGUCCAGCAGUGUCCUCGCUGUCCCUCACAGGGGGCACAGACACCUCCACGCCGCCGCAAAGCGUGAUGCUACCCUCGUGGAGAGAGAUGUUGUGGUAGUCAACACCGUCACCGACUGGGUGACUGUUUGGUGGGACGGAACCAGCUUCGUCACCCCAUCGGCCACCUCCGCCAAUGCCAUUCCAACCCAAGCCGCUGCUGCCGAUGCGGCCAAGGUCGAGGCUGAUGCCAAAGCGAAGGCUGCUGCUGAGGCUCCAGCCCCUAUCAUCACUGCUGCACCCGCUGCCCCAGCCCCAGUUGCCCCUGCCGUCGCAGUAGCCGACACUGGUGCUGCUGAUGCUGAAGCCGCUUCUAAGGCCUCUGCCGAAGCUGCUGCAUCCCAAGCCGCUGCCGCCCAAGCCGCUGCCUCCCAAGCCGCUGCUAACGAAGCAGCCAAGGCCGCCGCCAGUGCUGCUGCCAACGACGCAGCGAAGGCCGCCACCAACGCUGCCGCCGCCGCAGCCAAGAACCCCGAAGGCAUCAUCGCCGGCGUCGUAGGCGCCAUCUCCUCUGUCGUCGCACCAAUUAUCCCCACCCCCGUCGCGCCGGUCAUCAGCACCCCAACCCCCGUGGUUGUCACGCCCCCCGUCGUCCUCGGCGCCGCCAAGCGCGGUCUCGCCUACAACAACGCCGCCCUCGCCUCCGGCUUCACUGGCGCCGACUCCAAGGUCUCCUGGGCCUACAACUGGGGCUCCACCACCCCUGCCAUCCCCUCGUCUUUCGAAUACGUGCCCAUGAUCUGGGGACCGCAGCCCAUUCACUCCGACGGCUGGACUGAGGCUGCCAACGCCGCCAUUGCGAAGGGGAGCAAGCACCUCCUCGCGUUCAACGAGCCUGAUCUUCCUUCGCAAGCUAACCUCGAUGUUGGCACUGCUGCGGCGGGGUACAAGACCUUCAUGCAGCCUUUCGCUGGGAAGGCGAGGCUUGGGUCGCCGGCUGUUACGAACGGUCCCGCGCCAAUGGGUAUCGCGUACUUCAAGUCUUUCAUGGCUGCCUGCGAUGGAUGCACGGUCGAUUUCGUCCCAAUGCAUUGGUACGACUCUGCCUCCAAUGUUGAGGGAUUCAAGACCCACGUCAACGACAUGCGUGAUGCGGCUGAGGGACGCAAGCUGUGGAUCACUGAGUUUGGCGCAUCGGGAAGCAACGAGGACCAGGAGAACUUCUUGCGUGAGGUUAUCCCGUGGUUGGAUUCUAACGAUGCUGUAGAGAGGUAUGCGUACUUCUACGCGGAUGGGGCGUUGACGCAGAACAGUGUUGUGUCGGCGCUUGGCAACGUGUUCAAGACUUUUGUCUCUUAGAUGGAUGUUUCAUUGUCGUUGUCGUCGCUGUGGAUGCUUUAUUCGACACUUCUUCACGACGCAUCAUGAUUCACCUCGCGGAUUUCACGCACCUUCACACUUGAUACACCCUUUUUUCGAUUCUACUUCAAUUGUACAUAUUACUGUCGGCCUUGACGCGCUCUGACACACACCUUUGACUUUCUCUUCUUUACUUCACUUCACUUCUCACACUUCUACUUCGCACUUCUCUCACGACGACCGACCGACUUUACGAUGAUGGGUGGAUGUGGUGUUUGUUCUUUUCUGUUCUGAGACUUUCGACAACGAUGAUGAUGACGAGGAGGAUUGUUGGAUGGAUGGAUAAACACUGGAUCUCGACCUAUUAUCAGGGAUAUACUUCGUCUGGUUAUGGGAGGAGUAGGAGUAGAAGAAAGACUCAAAAUAGGAUAGGGGUGGGGCAUAGCAAGGGGGCGAAAAAGGGGGGUGUUAGAUGGAUUGACGGAUGGCGCUUUUUUACUUGUAUGUGUAUUUGAAAAUGGG